GUGCCGCGAGGCGCCGCGAGGGCGGGCGUUCGCCGCGGCCGCCGCGCAGUUGUUCGUGGACGACAGGGGCCCCGACAAGCAGAUCCUGGUGGAGCUCGUAAGGCCCCAGCACUCCCACUCGGACACCGAUCGUCGCGACAGCAGCUUCGAUCUUCGGCGCUCUGGGAAGUUCGAGGACGCCCCUCUGGAGCUCCUCAAGUCCCCCUGGAAGGUCUGCGGGGGGGUCGAGUGGAAGCGGCCCUGCGCGGCCAUGCCCGUCCUCGAGGCCGAAGCCCUACUGUGCGGCGUCCGCCACCAGUUGCGUUCCGUCGACAACCUGGGCUCGAGGUGGGUCGCGUCAGAGCUGAAACCGGCCGAAUGGCCGUCGCGGGGCCGCGGCGCCCCCGGCGACCCCUUGGCCGGCCUCCGCCGCGAGCUCUUGGACGCGGCAGCCGAGGGCAGGGAUGCUGGCGCGUGGCAGGCCCGACAGGCCGGGGCCCGGCUGGCCGCGGCCCGCCCGCCCGUGGGCGACGUGGGGCUGCUCCGACGGGCGUCGGUCUCGGCCGAGACGCAGGCCCAGUACUGUCUUUACCUGGCCGCCCUGGACCGCUCCUGCGACACUCAGGGCGGCCCCCGGCCGUGCACGGAGGAGGAGUGGGACAUGCUGACAUCGGGGCUGAUGGAGAUCAUGUUCAUGCAGGGCGGGUCCCUGAACUCGGGCGCGAAGCUCCUGGCGUCGGCCCAGUUGGCCGAGCCGCGGCAGGGGCGGCUGGGCGGAGGACGGAUGCCCAUCAGCCGCCAGUGCCUCCGGGUAUGGCGCCGCGCGGCGCCAGCGGGGGGCCGGCUGCCUCUGCCGUGCGACGUGGUGGCCCUGCUGGCGUGCUGGAUGAUCUGCCGCGGGCAGAGAGCCCAGGCCCUGGCCGUCCUGAUGAUGAUGGAGCUGUACCUGCGCCCGGGCGAGCCCUUCUUGCUCCGGUGGGUGCCCACGUCGGUCCUGCUGCGCCCUGUCGAGAUGCGCACCCCGUCGAAGAACCAGGAGUUCGACCAGACCAUCGUGCUCGACUUCGUCCGGCAGGAGGCGCUCGCGGAGGCCCUGGUGCAGUUGGGCCAGGCCCUCGAGGAGGCGGCGGCCGCGCGGCGGCUGAAGCCCCUCGGGCCGCUAGACGCCUACCGCUUCUGGCGCGCGGGGGCGAGCGUCGACUUCGCGACCGGGGCGCGGCGGCUGGAGGAGAUCCAGCGCCGCGGGCGGUGGCGGUCGUCGCGCAGCCUUCGGCGCUACGAGCGCGGCGGACGCCUGGCCGAGCUCUUGCGCCGGCUGCCGUCCGACGUGCAGCGC